CCCCGCCAUUCACUUUGCAGAACAAGCCUGUGUUUUCGUAUCAGUCAUACGUUUCGUUUCUCGAGCUCCAACUUUUUUUUCCCCGUCUUCUUCCGAGACGCCAUAAACGCAAGGCGGCCAUGCCUCGGGAUUAUCCUCGCGCAUCCGCCGAGGCCAUUUCAUGCCGUUUGCUGCCACGCCAGCUCGUCUAAUCCCUCAUACUCAGAAGACCAGAGUACCAGGCGAGGAGGAGGGGUUGGUGGUGAGGGAUCAUCUCAGCGGACGGCGGGCGGUCCCAGCUGAGGGAGCCCCCCCCCAAAACAACGGCAAACUCCGAGCCUUCUCAACGUCCAAGAUUGUUUCUCACUUCGUUUUUCCAUCUUCUCUUUCGUCUUUCUCGCGUGCGUAUCUUAUCACGAUGGCUUUUCUACUAGAACCCCCUCCUCCUCUUUUAGGGCUCCAGUAGCUCGCUCGGUCGCGGAGUAGAUCAGCGCCUUCUUCUUCUUUCUCUUGUAGUCGACGGCUUAUCUUUCUGAUUCUGUGGAGUAGUUCAGCGUUCAAACGACUGAUAGACGGUGUGUGUGUGUGUGUGUGUGUGUGGUUUCCCCCCUCUCUCCCGUCUGUGAACCAACAGGCGGCUCUGGAUUGGCACUUUUUCCGGAGGAUGGUCAAUGAUCGAUGGGGAAUCAUGAACAGCUCUUCGGAACUCGAAGACGGACAGCGCGGUAAAAACCAGACAUUCUGUGAGUGUGUACCCAGCUCCUCCCAGCUCAAACACCGAUGGUCAGACUCAGACACAGUCAGACAAACACCGCCCAAGAGAAUGAGCUGCAGUUAUCUGCUUUGCACAAUCCUCCUGUUCGUAGCCGUUCUCCUCGCUGUCACCGUAACCGGCACCAUCCUUUUCAUGAACCACUACCAGGCCCCACCCAUGUCCGAUGGCCCACCACACAUCACCACCAAUCAGGACGAGGCCAAUGCCCUGGUGACAGUUGAGAGGGGAGAUGGGUCGCGCAUCAACAUCUUCAUCGACCCCAACUGCCCAGACUACAACAGCAACUUCCUGCGGCUGGAGGGGGUGCAGACAUCUCUGCUGCACUCUCUAACAGACCAUGACUCGGAUCUCAAGUCGGUCAAAGGUCAGGACCGGGCCUUGUUGGUCAACCUGGCUGAAGAAGUGGCCAAGCUUUCAGCUCAUGCCGGCCAGUUGAAGAUGGAUUAUGAGUCUCUGAGGAGAGGACAAAGCAACCUGGGACAGGAUCUCAACGCACUGCAGAGUGAACAAGGGAGGCUCAUACAGCUGCUGUCCGAGAGCCAGAUUAACAUGGUGAAGGUAGUGAACUCAGUAAGCGAUGCUUUGAACUCCAUGCAGAAAGAGAACGGAGGCCUGAAGGCUCGGGUGAAGGCAGAUCUGCAGAGAGCUCCAGUCAGAGGAGCCCGACUCAAAGGCUGUGCCAACGGCUCUCGUCCUCGUGACUGUAGUGAUAUACAUGCGAGUGGUCAGCGUGAAGAUGGCAUCUACUCUGUUUUUCCCACUCAUUACCCCGCAGGCUUUCAGGUCUACUGUGAUAUGAGCACAGACGGAGGGGGCUGGACGGUGAUUCAGCGUCGAGAGGACGGGUCUGUAAACUUCUUCCGAGAGUGGGAUUCUUACCGAGAUGGAUUUGGCAAGAUCACUGGAGAGCACUGGCUUGGCUUGAAGCAGAUCCAUGCCUUGUCUAUCCAGGGUAACUAUGAGUUGAGGAUAGAUUUGGAAGAUUUUGAGAACAGUACAGCGUUCGCCCAGUAUGGCAUGUUUGGAGUGGGACUGUUCUCAGUGGACCCUGAAGACGAUGGCUACCCACUGACCAUUGGUGACUACACCGGUACUGCAGGUGACUCCCUGUUGAAACACAAUGGCAUGAAGUUCACCACCAAGGACAGAGACAACGACCAUUCGGAAAACAACUGUGCUUCAUUCUACCACGGAGCCUGGUGGUACCGCAACUGCCACACGUCCAACCUGAACGGUCAGUAUCUGCGCGGUCAGCACACCUCCUACGCUGAUGGCAUCGAGUGGUCGUCUUGGACUGGCUGGCAGUACUCACUCAAGUUCACGGAAAUGAAGAUACGGCCCACGCGUGAGGAAAGAGAGAGCAAGUGAUGUCACUGAGAAUGAGUGUGUAAAAAUCGAGAGGGAGGGUUGAAACUAGAAAAAAAUCUUAAAAAUGAAAAAGAAACUGGUGAUAACUAAAACUGACAGUGAAACUUUUUUUUUGGUUGGUUGCGGAAAGAGAGAGAUCCUAUUGGUCGCAUUUUUCGUUUUUUGCUUCUUUUUUUGGGCCUCAGUAGAAAGGUCACAGGUGUAUGCACAUGUUAAGCUCCACCCUAGGAAAGCUCUCCAUUCAGCAAUUGUUUGGUCAAGCAAGCGAAGCCUCCGAUAACUAACAUGAAGCAACCCAGAAAGGGUAACAGUAGGAAAAUGGAGAGAAAGAUGAAAAAAUUCACAUUGAAAUAUGUUGAUUACCAUUAUUGACAGUGAUGACUUGCAGUUGCCUGGUUGAAGAUGAGGGAUCCUGUUGGUUACAUUUUGGUUCUUUUGCUUCUUGUUUUUGAGCUCAACCGAAAAAUCACAAUGGUAUGCAUACGUGUAACUUCACCUACUUUAUGAAAAAUGCACUCCUAUCAUUUGACUGAGGUACAAAAAUGGACUGGCAUUCAUCUGAGCGGCCAGACUGCAUCAGGCCAUGGAGAAGGAACCUUGACUUAUUCCCAAGAAACUUGAAACAAGAGCAUAUUAAACUGAGUUAUCCCCAAAUGUAUCAGUACCACAGGGUACCAGUAACAUGUGGUCAACUGGAAAUCUAAAAUUUGUUUGACAGAAUGGUGUUUAACAGCGAAACCUUUCUGUUUUUCUGUGAUGGAUUGUCCUCAUGUUGCUGACUGGUAACUGAAGAGCACAUGGAGCAACUGCAAAAUCCCUUUGAAGGCCCACUGUGAAAUGGGACAAAGCUUAAAAAAACAGAUACAUACACACAUACAGUCAUAGAGAGAAAGAGGUGACAAAAGAGGAUGGAUAGAGGACGGGAAAGAGGGAAGAGAAGGGAGAAAAAACAGGCUUUGUCUCCCAAGAGCACCGAAGCACAAAAGAUCGCUCUGCGAUGGUAAGGCGGGUAAUGCUUUGAACGGCUGAGAUCUUCACACCACGAUUCUUCUGGGAGCUCUGCGUCAGAACAGACUGUAGUCUGAAAAAGGGAAUGGAUAAAUGGGUGAAGAAAAAGGGCGUAAAGAGAAAGGAGACUCAAAGAAAAGAUGAUAGCAUAGAGCUACAGAAAAGAAAGAGCCAGACGAGGAGGCUGAGGCACUGCUGACGGAGUUUAUCAAAGGGGAGCGGGUUGAUCCGUUUGACAGGCCAUUAGCAAACAUACUGGCUAGUUUGUCUGAUCACCACUACUAACUGAUCGUGAGCCAACACUCCACCGCUUUCGCAGAUGGUGUGUGCGCGUGCUGGGGUUGUGUGUAUUAAUAAUUCAAAAUGUCUUACGGUGCUUCACAUUGACCUGCUAAUUGACUCUGUAAACGUUAGAUGUGUGAAGGACCGCCAGCCCCUUCUGAAACCCAGACCUCCUACGUCUGACCACUUAACCUGGGCUCCUGUCUGACCUUACGCUUUUGAACCUUGAUGUUGGUGUGGAUAUCGGGAAACGCCUACAGACUCUGCUGCCUUCAUCUCACUUGGAGUAUUGAUUAUUGCAGUUAGCUUCAGCAAAUCUCUGUAUACGUCUCUUAUUUCUCUCUUCAAUCAUCCUCAGAGGAA